AUGGAAAGUAAUCGUACUCAGUGUACUGGACCAUUUUAUACCGGACAAAGAGGUGUUUUACCGCCGCUAGUUACCACAGACUUUAUUUCACGUGAUCAAGGCACAUGUGCGCCUUGCUUUAUCCGAUCUUCGUUGUAUUCUGUACCGACUACUGCUGAUCUCUUGAAGACUGUUGGUGUUCCCUUUUCACUGACAAUAUCACCAUUCGCUGUUCAGCAUAGAGAUGAUAUGAAUAUUGUUAUAAGUGAUAUGGGUCCUCAGGGUCCUGUUCGGUGUAUACGUUGUAAAGCCUAUAUGAAUCCUUUUAUGAAUUUCAUUGAUGGAGGUCGACGAUUUCAAUGCCCACUGUGUAAUGGUUUAACUGAAGUAUCCACAGAAUAUUUUGCUCACUUAGAUCAUACUGGACGUCGAAUAGACGCCAGCCAAAGACCUGAACUUUGUUUAGGCAGUUAUGAAAUAUUAGCAACUGCAGAAUAUUGUAAAAAUAAUCAACUACCUUUACCUCCAGCGGUUAUCUUUCUCAUUGAUGUUUCUCAAUCAUCUAUACGUUCUGGUGUCGUACAAUUGUUUUGUUCAAAGUUUGUAGAACGUAUUCUACCAGUUUUACCGAAAGAAACUUUUGACCCGGAGGAUACUUCAAUGAGUCCUCUUAGAGUCGGUUUUGUGACCUAUGACCAUCAAUUACAUUUUUACACAGACUCACCACAACAAGGUACAACAACAACAACAAAUGAAAGCGCUUAUUACAAUUAUGGCAAGCCUCAAAUGCAUAUUGUUGCAGAUAUUGAAGAUGUAUUUGUACCAGCAGUUGAAGGAUUUCUCCUCCCGCCAGAUCCUAAUAUUAUUUCAAGUAUUUUAGAAAUGAUACCUGCACAGUUUUGUACAGAAAGUGCUGUAAGUAGACAACCAACAGAUGCAGUUCUCGGGCCAGCUAUUCAAGCUGGUAUGGAGGCGCUGCGUGCUGCUAAUUGUUCUGGAAAAUUGUAUGUUCUGCAUGCAAAUCUACCAGUUGGUGAAGCUCCUGGAAAAUUGAAACAUCGAGAUGAUCGACGGCUUAUCGGAACUGAAAAGGAAAAAGCUGAUCUACAAGGUGAUCAGUUCAUAGCAGAUUUACAACGUACAUUGAGAAAUCUUCGUGCAUUCAAUGCUGUAAUGCGUGUACGUACUAGUACAGGUAUUCGACCUGUAGAAUUCUUUGGUAAUUGUUAUCUACCGAAUACAACUGAUGUGGAAAUGGCUGGUGUCACUUCUGAUAUGGCUAUCACUGUUGAAUUACGUCAUGAUGAUAAACUACAAGAAGGUGAACUUGUUUUCAUUCAGGUUGCCUGUCUGUAUACCUCAGUGUCUGGCCAACGUCGUCUACGCAUACACAAUCUAUCGAUACCAGCGACAAAUGUUAUCACUGAAAUAUUCCGUUUGGUUGAAUUAGAUGCACACAUGAAUUAUUUGAGUAAAUAUUCUAUGCGCGCAUUAUUAAGUCGUCCACACACCCAAGUUAUGGAUGAGUUAACGACAAAAGCGGCUAACACACUAGCAGCAUAUCGUCGUAAUUGUGCUAGUGGAAGCGGUGGUGAUAUGGCCUCCAGUCCAGGUGAAUUGGUUCUACCACAGAAUAUGAAAUUAUUCCCCUUGUAUAUACAAUGUCUUAUGAAAACUGAAGCUUUCAGUCCAGCUGAUGGCAUUACAAUCGAUGAUCGUUGUUGGCAAAUGUUUUUAGUUAAUCAAAUGGAUGUGAAACAAUCAAACUGUUAUCUUUAUCCUCAUUUAUAUCCUUUGCAUGAUCUUUCAAAGAAUUUCGAAGGUGAUAUACCUUUCCCCCCGCUAGCGAUACGUUGUUCAUAUGAUCGUCUGAAAAUGGAUGGGGUUUAUCUCCUCGAUAAUGGCAUAUAUCUUAUCAUGUGGAUUGGUCCAAAUGUUUCAACCGAUUGGAUACAUUCAGUGUUAAAUGUACCGAAUCCAAAACACUUUGAAAGUGAAAAGAUUUAUGAUUUGAAUGCAUAUGAUAAUGAAACGUCAAGUAAUGUAUGGUAUGUAGUAUGGACUAUUCGUAAGACCCAUUUACAUUAUUCUCGGUUAUUAGUUGUACGUCCUGGAGAUAAAAGUGAAUUAUGGUUUCGUCGUUUUAUGGUCGAGGAUCGUUGUAGCAGUAAUUCAAUCUCUUAUACAGAAUAUUUAUGUCAUAUACACAAAGAAGUUUCUGGUCUAUUACGUUGA